GUAUGGGCCCGACGGCAAACCCUGCCUACCUAAACACUUUUUCCCUCAUUUCGCGAAGUUGACACAUGGAUUAGACCAUGUAUCAAAGGGGGGAAUGUUAGAUGCUCUUACAAAACAUUGGUACACUAAGGGAUUUUCAAUCUAUGCACAAAAAUACUGUGAAGCAUGUAUGACAUGGGCCCAACACAACCCAGGUAAGACGACUGCCAAACCACUGGCAGCUCAUCCACCACCGGAACAGGCGUUUGACCAUUUAAUGCUGGACUUCAUCGAACUAACGCCAGCAGAAGGUAAAAAGUAUUGUUUAGUGAUUGUUGAUAUGUGGUCAAAAUGGGUGGAGGCCUUCCCAGCUAAACAUGCUAACAGCCAUGCAGUUACCAAAGCCUUGCUGACAGAAAUAAUUCCCAGAUGGGGGAUUCCAUCUAAAAUCAGCAGUGACAACGGCUCACACUUUGCAAACCAAGCCCUCGAGGAAGUGGGAACGUUUCUGAACAUCAACAUCAGAAAGCACUGCUCUUACCACCCCCAAAGCGGAGGGGCAGUAGAGAGAGAGAAUGGCACUUUGAAAAACAAACUGGCCAAAUGCUGCUCAGAGACUGGUCUCAAGUGGACUCAGGCUCUUCCCAUCGUGCUCUCAUACAUGAGAAUGAGGAGAAGGAUGAGAACAAACCUCAGCCCGUAUGAGAUCCUAUUUGGUAGACCUCCUAUGAUGGGACUCCACCCUGAGACUUGGACUAGGAUUUUACCACCUACGGAAAUGUGCGAAGACGCAAUGCUACAGUACUGUAAGAACUUAUCCUCUGUUCUGUCCCAAAUCUCCAAACAGGUGAAAGCGGCUCUGCCCAAACAGGCGACAGAACCACUGCACAUCAUUCAACCAGGAGACUGGGUGAUCAUUAAGGAGCUUCGCAGGAAGCACUGGAACUCAAAACGGUGGCGAGGCCCCUUCCAAGUCCUUCUGACGACCAACACGGCUGUGAAGAUCGCAGAAAGAGCGACUUGGAUCCACUCCAGCCACUGCAGGAAGGUCCCGGAUCCAACAGACGACCCUCCAUCUACAUCUACACCACACGAGAAAACCACCACUGACGAAAAGAACUGAGAAGGACGACCCUCGCUGUGCUCACACACGCACUGAGGCGAGGCUGCGUUGACCGUUCAGCUAAAGGUGUGAGCCAAGCGCCGCCUGAAGCUGCACCGGUGAAUCACACUAUCAGACCAUACAUCUACACACACGUUCCUGAGAAAACACACACACGAGCUGCCUUGAGUUGCCGACGCUGGACGACGUGUAGACUCUUCACAUCAUGGGAGUGACAGUGACUCAGACGACAUUGGGAGGAAACCUGGCGGUGAUAACGAACCCCAAGUGUCUCUGUGAUCAGCUGAUCACAACCUGAAGGACUCCAACGAACUGUCAAUGCUUCAACACACAGGUUGG